AUACUUCUUUCUCAAACAUCUAUCACUUGUUGAUAUUGCAUACACAUGGCUUUAUCAACUUUAUCAUCUUUGUUUAAGCUUUCAACUUUUACAUUAUUUUUUUUGGUUCUGUUUGGACCUAGUUAUGGUCAGCUAUCUGCCAACUUCUAUACUACAACGUGCCCAAAUUUUCGUAGUAUUAUAAGAAGCGCUGUGAACACAGCUGUGUCAAAUGAAGCUCGAAUGGGAGCCUCGUUGCUUCGCCUUCAUUUCCAUGAUUGUUUUGUUAACGGAUGUGAUGCAUCCGUCUUACUGGACGACACUGCAAACUUUACUGGAGAAAAAACAGCACGUCCAAAUAGCAAUUCGAUUAGAGGUUUCAACAUCAUUGACACUAUCAAAACUCAAUUGGAGAGUCAAUGCCCCGGUGUUGUUUCUUGUGCUGAUAUAUUAUCUGCGGCUGCUAGUGAUUCCGUUGUGGCUCUUGGUGGGCCAAGUUGGAAUGUGUUAUUUGGAAGAAGGGACUCAACAACAGCUAGUUUAAGUGCUGCAAAUUCUAAUCUUCCAUCAGGAGCAUCAAGUCUCAGUACCCUCAUUUCAUCCUUUUCAAACCAAGGCUUUACUACUAAUGAAAUGAUAGCUCUAUCAGGAGCUCAUACAAUUGGCCAAGCAAGGUGCACAACGUUUCGUAAUCGUCUCUACAAUGACAACAACAUUAACGCAUCGUUUGCGGCGUCACUGACACCAAAUUGUCCGUCGAGUGGCGGUGACAACAAUCUGUCACCACUAGAUUCUUCACCUACAACUUUUGACAACAGAUACUAUCGUGAUUUGAUUAACCAAAGGGGAUUAUUGCAUUCAGACCAAGAGUUAUUUAAUGGAGGUUCGGCUGAUGCACAAGUGAGAACCUAUAGUACGAAUCCGACCACUUUCUCUCGUGACUUUGCAAGUGCAAUGUUGAAGAUGAGCAACCUUAACCCUUUAACUGGCUCAAGUGGUCAAGUUAGGACCAAUUGCCGAAGAACAAAUUAAACUACCUUAUAUUAUAAAAAAAUCGCCUUACAAUCCGUUUAAGAUGCUGAAAUAUGAUCAUUUUUAACGGGUAAUGUUUUGUUCUUUUUAAGUUUCAUUUGUAUUGUGACUAGUUUUGCGUGAUUUUGUGAAUCAUGAAGUUGUAAUUUGUGAACAACAAUAAUAAUUGAAGGCGUUUUGCAUUUAUAUGUCA